AUGUUGGCUACUACCCUCAUUAUGGUCGCCAGUGCGCUCUCCGCCAAUGCGUUAGGUAUCAACUGCCGUGGCUCCGCGAAAUGCAGUGCACUCUGGGGACCUAGCGACGCUGCGAAGCAGUUGACCAACGUGAUUCAGGGAAUUGACACCAACCGAUGGUACCUGAAUGGUGAACACAUUGCCUGCGUGGGAAAUGAUGCUGGCAAUGGUGGUGGCUACUGCGCUUUCCUCCAAAAGACGGGAGGAACCAACGGUGGUGUGAUCAAGAAUCUGGCGCACUAUAUUAACGAUCAUGGGUGCAAACAGUGUGGUAGCGUGCCCUACUACUAUCCCCAAGGAAACAACAAUGUGGAUGACGGCGAGCUUACCUACAACUAUGUCGAUAAUCCUUGUGUGCCUGCAGGAGCCAAGCUUUGCUAA